CUUGCAGCUGUGUGAGUUUGCUCUGCACACAACAAAGCCAUUGGCUCAGAGGAACUGAUGACGGUGGAAGCGCACCGUCCUCUCUGCAGGAGCGGCUUCACCUUCUUUCCUCAGCUCGGAUCAGAGCGUGGACUGAGAAGCGCAGACUCGUGGAGCUGAGAUGCGCCUUUACGCAGAGAACUCUUCCUCCUCCUGAUUUCCGCUUGGGUUCCGCUCGGAGGCGCGUCGUGCCGCUCGUGCAGCAGCGCGCGGACAGAGGCGCACGCUGGAGACAAAAAYACAGCAGCUCAGCUCAGYUCAGUCCAGUCCAGUCGGUGCAACGCAGCCAAGCUCUCGAUUUUUUAAAAAAAAGCAGCAGGAGCGGUUGGAGAGUUCCGGACGGAGUUCCUCUCCCGKGGAAGAAGCGGAGCGCGGUGCUGGAGACAUAAGGACUCUGAAAAACCUGCGGGAUUCGGUGCGUGUGGAGGGGACCGAUCUAAACUUGGAUAUGGCCGCGGUGAAGACGUUCGACCUGCUGGUUGGAGUUGUUUUGUGUUUGCUGUUUGUGUGGAGUGUGGACGCGGAGAUCCCGGCCGGUGACGGGGUCUUUUACUCAUAUGUGCAGAGGCAAGCUGGAGAUGAGAGCUCUGCAGUGGAGGUGAAGCUGUUCAGUCACCGGUGGAGGAGAUGGCUUCCCCCAAAACCUCAAAACAUGGACAGCAACCGGGCCAGCCAAGAGCAAGAUCAGAACGCAGAACCGGAGGACCCCGAAAGUUUUCCGGGUCUAUUGUCUGCGGAAGAUACCGACAACAGCUCCCAGAUAGAGGAGGACACAGACCACAACUACUACACAUCAAAAACAUACGGCCCCUCAGAUCCUAUGAGCAAAGACUUGUGGGUAAACAUUGAGCAGAUGGAGAAGGACAAAGUGAAGAUCCAUGGGAUUCUGUCCAACACACACAGACAGGCAGCGAGAGUUAAUCUGUCCUUCGAUUUCCCGUUUUAUGGGCAUCUCCUGCGUGAAAUCACUGUGGCGACUGGUGGUUUCAUCUACACUGGUGAUGUCGUCCACCGGAUGCUAACAGCGACGCAAUACAUCGCUCCUCUGAUGGCCAACUUUGACCCGAGCGUCUCCAGAAACUCUACUGUCAUUUAUUUUGACAAUGGUACAGCACUGGUGGUGCAGUGGGACCACGUCCACCUACAGGACAACUACAACUUGGGAAGCUUCACCUUCCAGGCCACGCUGCACAAUACAGGCAGAAUCGUCUUCGCAUACAAAGAGAUCCCCACUGGAAUAUCACAAAUCAGUUCUAUCAACCACCCGGUGAAGGUGGGCCUUUCUGACGCUUUUGUGGUGGUCCACAAGAUCCAGCAGAUACCCAAUGUGAGGCGAAGGACAAUCUACGAGUACCACCGUGUGGAGCUGACGACGGCGAGGAUCAGCAGYUCCACAGCAGUGGAAAUAACACCUUUACCCACCUGUCUGCAGUUCAGCAGCUGUGCUUCCUGCAUCUCCGCACAGAUUAACUUCAACUGCAGCUGGUGCCACCGACUCAACAGAUGUUCCAGUGGUUUUGACCGCCAUCGCCAGGACUGGGUGGACAACAGCUGCCCUGAUGAGACCAAAGACAAACUGUGUGACGUAACGGACACAACACAACUGUACCCGUUCACCGCUGUUAUAAACCAAACAACACUGAGGGGUAAAGAAGACUCUGGAGACAAAGAUUCACUUUUCACCUCUCAGCCUCCAACCAGUGCUCCCACUGAAGAUGAUACAAAGAUCGCACUGCAUCUCAGAGACAACCAGGUAAUACCAGCUGACAGUGCUGUCAACAAGAUGCCGGGCUCUCAUCCUCUGCACACCGGUCUGAUCCUGGGCAUCCUGCUGGUGAUGCUCGUCAUGAUUGCCGGCGUGCUGAUCACCGUCUACGUGUACCACCACCCAACCUCUGCAGCCAGCCUCUUCCUCAUCGAGAGACGCCCGAGCAGAUGGCCAGCCAUGAAAUUUCGCCGGGGCUCGGGCCACCCCGCGUACGCAGAGGUGGAGCCGGUGGGCCAGGAGAAGGAGGGCUUCAUCGAGUCCGAGCAGUGCUGAGCGAGGAGGGGCUGCUCCCAUUCCUGCUGGCUUCCAUGCUGUGUGUGCCCUCCUGCUCGGCGGGGACUUCGGCUGCCUGAAGCUCAGUGUACACAUUCCCUGGUUUAAAACUUUGGAUUCGGCUUGUUUAGUGCUAGAUGUGACUGGUCGCAGCAGCCAGUGACUGAAGGAAGCAAGGAAACCCUGAAAACUGAUCCCAGACGAACCCACUAAGCAGCCCCUGUCGGUGAGAAACUGACCCACCAGGGUGAAGGGGAACAGCACUGAUGUCAUCGAUUCAGCUGGACUUGAUACACGUUGCCACAGAGGGACUGGUACUGAAUGCCUUGGCUGAUUGGUGCAGGGUGAUUUAAACAGUAUAUAUUUUCAAAAACCAAUACAGAGUGAACAGGUUUCCACUUUCCUGUUUGUGGGGUCGUUAGCAUAAGCCUUUAGUAUAUCCAUCAGGUUUUUACUUGUUUUCUUUUGUUUUUCAAAAUGGCUUUUCUGUUUGAUUUUWGUAUGWUGGGGUUGGCAGUUUAUCUGUACAGAUGGUUGGUAUUGCUUUUCWAUACCACUGCAGACAUAAUUGACUUUUCCACAGCUCGCUCUGCGUAUACAAGCUGAAGCCAGGCGAUAUGACGUGAGCUUGAACUACUGUCACCACAAUCAAUCAUAGCAAAGAGAAAAAACUCUGAACAUUCAGCAUUGCAGUUGGAUCAGUUCAUGAUGUUCGGCUGGUUUUAAGUUCCUAAAAAGGAUUUAACGUUGAUCUUUUAUUUUUUUAAUGGGUGAAAGAACUUUCCUUUAAUGUUUUUAAUUUCAUGAAUGCAGUACCAUUUUAUCCCUGAUCAUUGUUUGCACAGUUCUUAUUUUCCGAGCACAUUUUUUUUUUCUUUUUUACAUUUGCAAUGUGGUACUGUUGCAACUUUACAAGACAGGCGCUUGUGUGUGUGAAUUUAUUUUCUGAAGUGUAUGUGAUUCAUGUGUGUUAAUAUAGAAGAGCAAUACUAAG